GAUCGAGUCAACGGGAAACGGCAGAUAGAGCGGAUCUGGCGCGCUAAUUAACUUAGUAUCAUUAGUAAAAAUGAACAACUGUGGCAACGUCAGUCGUCAGACUCAUUACACCCAAAAUUACACAGAAACUGGUAGGCUGGGAGAAGGGGGAUUUGGAAUAGUAGUUAAGGCUAUACAUAAUCUUGACCAACAAGAAUAUGCCAUCAAAAAGGUUCCACUUACUGGCACACGAAGCAAGAGGGACAAGUAUCAGAGGGAGGUCAAAGCCCUUGCAGUACUUAAACAUAAAAAUAUUGUGCGGUAUUACACAGCUUGGAUUCAAGAUGUGUCAGAUCCCGAAGAUUUCAUUCGUGAAGGGAUUACUGAUGCAGGAUCGGAAACAUCAUCUUAUGGAUCCAAUUUUGGGUCAAGUACAGGAGAGGAUACUGUGUCCAUGAUAAUAUUCAUCCAGAUGGAACUGUGUUCUUCAAAUUUAAGGACGUGGUUGGAUGACAGAAAUAAGGAGAAAUCUUCACUAUCAGCCGAAGACAUAAGACAGUCUAUGCCAAUGAUGAGAGAGAUUUUGGAAGGUCUGGAAUUCUUGCAUUCAAUGAACCUUGUGCACAGAGACUUAAAGCCAGAAAAUAUUUUCCUACAAAACGGCCAAAUCAAAAUUGGUGAUUUUGGACUCGCCAAAGAAUUGAGAGACGAUGAGCAGACUAGUGACAGUAUUCCAGGUAGUGCUGGAACAAGUAGAUUAUAUGCUGUUGGCACAGCUCCUUAUGCUGCACCUGAAGUGUCUGGUGGAACUCUCAACCCUACUUCUAAGAGUGAUAUAUACAGCCUGGGUGUUAUAUUUUUUGAGACCUGUAUUUGCAUUCAUACAAAAAUGGAACUCUACAAAGUUCUAACGGAGUUUAAGGAAGGAGAAUUUUCAGCUCCAGUAACAUGGUCUAAGCAGGCAGAAACUAUCAAAAACAUGCUCACUGGUCUGCCAGACAAGAGGCCUUCAGCAAAAGAGCUGCUUUCAGGGCCACUGUUUACUGAUGCUGAGGUUGUGUGUGACCCAGAAGAAGCAGAACCUAAUGCUCCAGUCUCAUCUUCACCCAUAGAUUCUGAAGCUAAUCAUACAAAUCCUAUUGGUGCACUAAAUGAAUUAGCGAUGAGGCUGUACUUAAAGCCAGAGUACACCUUCACUAACACAGGACGAUCACCUAACAUGCCUGAGUUUUCAUACAUAGUGACUGUUGGGAAAGAUUCCUUCGAGUCCCCUCAGAAAUGCAGAACCAAGAAAGAAGCAAAAGCAGCAGCAGCACUGUUGGCUUAUUGUCAUCUUAAGCCAGUGGAAAGGAAACGCAAGUCAUAAUGUUGGUGCAGCAUGUCAAGUUUCUUCUGUUCAGAGUUUGGAUGGGAAACAAGACACGGAAACCCUUUCAGAUUCAUUUGGUGCUAUAUCUUUAUCUGAAGAUGGUAUGUUUUCCACAAGAGAGUCGUUAUUUGAUGGCACUGCAAGAGAAGGGACUCUGGAAAAGGAUCCUGUGAGCGCUUUCAUGGAGCAUGCCCAGGCUACACACCAGACAGCUCGUUUUGUUGUACUCCGACAGUCUGGACCACCCAAUCAGCCUGAGUUUGAAAUGGCUGCUCAGCUAGGGGAGAGAAAGUUUCGUUCAAUAACUUCCAAUAACAAAAGGACUGGUCGCAAACUUGCUGCAAUAGAAGCAUUGAAAGAUCUUAAAAAAAUAUGACCACUUGAUUUUAUGUACACCAGAUGAUUUCGUACAUUCAGUUUGAAAUUCUAGCCAUGGUACUUCCAGUUUUGUGGCUUUUUAAUGCUGAUGUCAUUUAGGUAUUAUAAACUUAUGGCUUUUGUAGCAUCCUGUACAAAAAUCACUCAAAUUGCUCAGUGAAAUGUGGUUGGACAAAUUUCGUCUAAUCUGUAUUUUUUUGCUACAUUGAUCCACUGUCCUCUGAACCAUGAAUCCAUUGGGAACAUUAAUAUCAUCUUUGGUUUCCAUAUCUGUGCUUGAGCUUUCAAGGUCUGAUAUUUUCUGGGUAACUUGAUUAUUGAUUUAAUACUGUUUUUUAAUGUCAUCUUGAAAUAAGACUGUUGAUAAUUGACAUGUCUGCUGCAGGAUAGCAGUUAGAGAUGGUAUAUAUAAUGAUAUACCUUUGUUUUUGAUAUUGCUUUAGUUGCUGGCUCAGAGUGAAACACUUAUUCUCCUACCCCCACCAACACCACCUCCCCAACACACACACACAUAUCUCUCUAUACUUUUACUUGUUCUUAUUUUAUGAAUACAGCCUAUUUUACUGUCAUGGAUGGCAGAUUGCCUUGUAUUGAAUAGUCUUCAGCUUCUGUCAGUGAGAUGAACCACAAAGAUCUCAAAUGAGUUGCACUUUUUGUCUAAAAGAAUUGUGCUUUGCUUUGCCGCAUAAAUUAGAAGAGCAAACAAAUGUGAUUUUUAUUCAAUAUUUUAUAGCAUUUACCUUUGUGGCAUUAACAGUAUUGAAAACUGUGAUUUUAAAAAAGCAAAUAAACUGCUACAAAUUGUUA